AUGAAAGCUGUUGCUGAAAAAUCCUGGGAGCCAAACACUGGCUGGCAUAGUUUUACUUACGAUGAACUGCAUAAAGCAACUAAGGGUUUUGGAAAAGAAAUGCUACUUGGGAGCGGUGGCUUUGGUCAGGUUUAUCUAGGAAAGCUGCCAAAUUCAAAUGUCCAAGUUGCUGUCAAGAAGCUUUCCAAGGGUUCAGAACAGGGUUCCCCAGAAUUCGAGUUGGAGGUCAGUACUUUGAGUAGUCUUCGUCAUCGAAAUGUGGUUCAAUUACUGGGUUACUGCAAAGAGAAUGGUGAUCUGUUAAUUGUAUAUGAAUAUAUGAAGCAUGGAAGCUUGGACAAGCACCUUUUUAAAGAGGAUCAAACAAUCCUCAGCUGGGAGAAAAGGUUCAAGAUUAUUAAAGGUGUAGCAUCGGGGCUUUUAUAUUUACAUGAGGAGCUGGAACAGGUUAUAAUUCACAGAGACAUCAAGCCAGGCAAUAUCUUAUUGGAUUCUGAAUUUCAGGGAAAGCUUGGUGAUUUUGGUCUUGCUAUGCAAUACAAGCGCAGCUCCGAUGAAGGCAUCCUCAUCCCCACCCUUGGGAUUGUCGGUACGCCAGGUUAUUGGGCACCCGAGAGUGUGAGCCAGCGCAUUUACUCAGCCUUCUCAGAUGUGUAUGCGUAUGGUGUGUUGUUGAUAGUGGUGCUGUGUGGUAAGAAGCCCAAUUGGCAAGCAUUGCUAGAAGAGCUCACGCUUGUAGACUGGGUGAAGGAUAAGUGCAAAGAAGGACUAAAUCUUGAUGUUAUGGACCCCAACUUAAAGGGUGAAUUUGACCAUCGCCAGGCUCGCCUGGUACUCAAACUAGGCUUAAGGUGUUUAAAAGAUGAUCCCAAAACUCGCCCAACUAUGAGGGAGGUGACGAGGGUCUUGGAUGACGGGUUAUUUGGCACCCAAAGUGCUGUGUGGUAA